AUGGGAGGAUCUCUAUGGUGUGAGGAUGACGAGAUUAAAUACGUCGGCGGGGGUGUGGAUAUUGAUUAUUUUUCAUGGUUUUCGUUUGUGGAUAUUCUGAAGGAGAAUAAAUUGCCUACUGUGAAUGCAAUAUGGUAUAAGAGAACAAAAGAGGCAAUGAGUUAUUUGAGAGGUGAGUUAUUGGCUGCAAUUGGGAGGGAUGGUGAUAAUAGAAUAUAUCCCAUAGCAUGGGUUGUGGGUCUGAUCCGUGCUAUAGCAGAAGAAUUGCCAUAUUGUGAACAUCAGAUGUGUGCCCGUCAUAUAUAUGCCAAUUGGAAGAAGCAAUUCAAGGAUAUAGAGUACAAGAAGUUCUUCUGGUCAGCUGCACACAGCUAUAGCAAAAGUGAAUUUGUUCAACACAUCACCGCAUUGAAAGAGUUCAACAAUGCAGCAUAUGAGGCAUUGGUUAGUACAGAUCCAAAACAUUGGUCUCGUGCAUUUUUCAGAGAAAAAUCCAAAUGUGGAGAUAUCAAUAACAAUUUAAAUGAGAGUUAUAACAGCUCAAUUAGGGAUGCUAGAUUGCGGCCUGUAGUGGAUAUGCUUGAGGAUAUCCGUCGAAAAACCAUGCAACGGAUUGCAAAACGUUUUAAAGAGGCCACUAAAUGUGUGACUGAGUUCAGUCCUCAUGCGAUGGAGGAGUUAGAGAAAGCAAGGAAGAAUGGUGGGUAUUGUAUGGUGAUUCCCAGUGGCCAUGGUAAAUAUGAAGUGAUGAAUUUGGGCAUUAGUUAUUCUGUCGAUCUUGUUGGGAAGACUUGUACUUGUCGACAGUGGGAUGUUACCGGAAUACCAUGUACUCACGAACUUGCUGUGAUCAAUCAGAGACGAGACAAUUUAUCUUUGUAA